AUGCGGGGUGGGGGAGAAGGGCUGAGAGGGAGAGUGGCGGGGUGUGGUUGGGAGUGGUUGGGUGGGGAGGGAUACUCUCAUCUUCUACCGCUCUCUCCUCGUUCCCCCGGUUCUCCCCCAUCUCUUUCCGCUCAUUCCUCAUCUCCUUACCGCUCACCUCUUUGCUCUUUGCUCAAUUCGCCCUACUCUCCCCUCGUUCCCCCCACCCCACCUCCCCUUUUCCCCCCCUCCCCGGUUUCAUCUCGUCUUCUUAUCGCUCACCCCUCAUUUCCUUUCUGUUUCCCACUCAGUUCUCCCCGCUAUUUCCUCCUUCCCAUCACUCUCUUCCCCGCUUUCAUCUCGUCUCCUUACUGCUCACCCCUCAUGUCCGCUCUGCUCGUUGCUCAAUUCUCCCUGCUCUCCCCCCUUCCCCGCACUCCUCCCCCUUCCUCCCCGCUUUCAUCCCCCCGUCUCCCCUCCGCUCUCCUCUCACCUCUCCCCCCCCCCUGUUCACCCCUCAUAUCCCCUUCUUUACAUUUAUUUCUCUACCUCCCCUCUUCAUUCCCCCCUUCACUCUUCCCCCGCUCUUUCCGCAUCUUCCCCCGCUCUUUCCGCAUCUCCCCCGCUCUUUCCGCAUCUCUCCCCGCUCUUUCCGCAUCUCCCCCGCUCUUUCCGCAUCUCCCCCUCCCCCCACCUCCUCCCCCCCCCCCCCCCACCCGUCCAACCAUUCAACCAUGGUCUCUCCCUCCAUCUCCCCCACGUUUCCCUGCUCUCUCCCCUCUUCACCCCUUUUCUCCUUCCAACCAUCACCUCCUCUUCCCCCCAACGCUCCGCCUCACCGAUUAUAUUAACUUCUUUCCCCGCUCUGCCCUCUACGCCCUCCGCUCUCCCCGCAUUUCCCCCUCCUUUCACCCCUUAUCCCCCCCACCCCCCCCUCCUCGUUUGUUCGAUCCAGCCUUCAACUGGCACGAAUCUUAA